CUCGUUGUGAAUUUAUUUUGGUAUUUUGUUCCUGUAUUAUUUUCAUAAAUUCUUCCAUUUUUUGGUCUGUAUUUUCCAUGAAUUUGUCUGCAUUUUCCUUUAACUUGUCUAUUUUUUUCCUCUUUUCAUCUUCUUUUUGCUUCAACUCUUGGAUAGCUGUGAAUAUUUGAGAUUUGAAUUCCCUGUCAGGUAGUUCUAGUGCCUUUUCUUCUACUGGAAAGUAAUCUGGUGUUUUAUUUUGGAUGCCUGCUAGAACCAUCCUCUCCUGUCUUUUUAUGUGUUUUGAUAUUGUCUGCUGUCAUUGGGACAUUCGUAGUUAUCUUCUUCAUUUCUUGAUUGUAGGUUUGUGUCAUCCUGGUUUUUUGUUUUAUUUUGUUAUGUCUGAGCAGGCGGGCUGUGUGUUCUUUGUUGUUUGCUUGUCUGUAGUCACGAUACUUUUCACCUUGUUGUCCAAUGGACAGGGUCAGUAACUCAGCUAUGGUGCAGCAUGGCAGGUCCAGCUGAAAGGGAGGGGCUGGGAUGAGUUGUUUGUGGCAUGUACUAGGGCCGACAGGGCAGACCAGGAAUCGGUGCCAGGCAAUUUCUGGUAGGCUAUGCCUGUGCUGCUCAAAGGUGUGAUGUUCAGUGCACAGUGCAGGUAGGCAGGAAAGAGGGGCGAGGUUGUGAUGUAUGGAGCUAGUAUGGGUAUAGGAAAGAAGAGAGAGAAAUAGGAGCCAAAAACAAAGGAAAAAAAAAAACCACACCUCCCCCCCCCAAAAUAUUACAAAGGGAGCUUGCCAUUGGAGUGGAGAGAUGAGAACCCAAAAAAUGGAGGAAGCAAAAAGGAAAAAAAGAAAAAGGGGAAAAGAAAAAUACUAGAUCAAAAUUUGGAAUAGAAAAAAAAAAGUAGAAAUGAAAAACCACCAGAGGUCCCACCAGUGUGGCCGCGAAGACUGGGAAAGUCACCCAGGUUGCCCAGUAUAGCCUGGCUAGAGGGGAUAUGGAUGUCACACAGAACCAGGUAUUUAGGAGACUGGAAAAGAAGGUAAGUAUAGACAGGUGAGAACUGAGAAAUGAAGAAAGAAAGUGCAAAAGAGAGAAGGAAAAAAUAAAAAGAAAGAAAGAAAAAAAGAAAAGACAUGCCCCAGGGAUCCCAUCCAUGUGGCUUCACAGAUUGGUGGAGUGGCUCCGAGGCUGUGCAGUGCAACCCAGCUAGAAGCAUCUCCCAAGUGGGAAAAGAGAAAGAAAGCAAACAAAACAGAACAAAGCACAACAAAACGAAACAAAUCAAGCAAAAAAAAAGCCCCGGGGAUCAUCCUGCCAGCGUGGUGUCACAGGUGGGGGGAGUGGAUCCCUAGUCUAGCAGGACUUCACAGCCUUUCAAGAAGACGCCAAGAUGGCACACGGAUCCAGGUGUUCGAAAGAAAGGAGGGGGAGGUGGUGGGAGGCACGGAAGAAACCAAAAGAGAUGGAAAGAAGCUAUACCAGCUCAGGAACCCCACCAGUGUGGAUGGGGUGAAUCCAAGUGGUCUGGGGCAGAAGUAGUUGCCUCCUGGCCAAGAGAGUGCCGCUGGCAGGAAGCAGAGGAGGCCAAAGAGGGAGGGGAAGAAGGGUGUGUUAGGAAAGCCUGUAUUGCUCAUUACCAGGUGCUCUGUCUCCUGCUGGGAAUGUUGUGAAGCUGGUUUCCCAUACUCCCUGUCUGCUGAUCUGCGAUGUGAGUGGUAUGAAUCCAAACGGUAUGGACACUGCACUUCCUGGCCAACCGAGCCACUGCAGCCAGCCCGGAAGCUCAGAGCCCUCCUUAUAGCCUAGAAAAAAUGACAGAUCUCGUAGCCGUUUGGGAUGUUGCUUUAAGUGAUGGAGUCCACAAGAUUGAAUUUGAACAUGGGACCACAUCAGGCAAACGUGUGGUAUAUGUAGAUGGAAAGGAAGAGAUAAGAAAAGAGUGGAUGUUCAAAUUAGUGGGCAAAGAAACCUUCUGUGUUGGAGCUGCAAAGACGAAGGCAACCAUAAACAUAGAUGCUGUCAGUGGUUUUGCUUAUGAAUACACCCUGGAAAUUAAUGGGAAAAGCCUCAAGAAGUAUAUGGAGAAUAGAUCAAAAACCACCAAUACCUGGGUAUUACACUUGGAUGGUGAGGACUUUAGAGUUGUGUUGGAAAAAGACACUAUGGAUGUUUGGUGCAAUGGUAAAAAAAUGGAGACUGCAGGUGAGUUUGUAGAUGACGGAACUGAAACUCACUUCAGUAUUGGGAACCAUGACUGUUACAUAAAGGCUGUCAGUAGUGGCAAGCGAAAAGAAGGGAUUAUUCAUACUCUCAUUGUGGAUAAUAGAGAAAUCCCAGAAAUUCUUGAAUGACUUCAUGUUAAUGAAUUUUAAUCUUAAGAAGUAAAGAUCAGGACUUUUUAAUUACUGUGGUAAUUAAAUGUGUUCAGUAUGUACUUCUCAGUACAUUUAGUCUGUGCUGUUCUUAUUUUUUAGUUACUUAAAUUGAUGUUCCAAGGGUUAGGGAGAAAAAAAAACAACUAAUUAUGUACAAUCAUAAAAAUUGCAAUUUAUUUUGUAAAUAAUGUAAAAUGUUUUAAGGCCAAAUGGAAAAUAAGAUAUGAGCCCAAACCACUAAUGUCUUACAAGAGGAACUUUUACUGUAAUAAACGCUAUCAAAUCAAAUGGGUGCUGCUUGGUUUGUGUUUCUAAAACCUGACAAGUCUUCAUAUAUUUUUAAUCUGUGCAGAUAGGUUGUCUUGCUAGUUUGAAGCAGAUGCUACAUAAUGCAAUAGAUUUAACUAGAGAAAAUGAGAAAAACUUUUUAUCUGGAAACAUAUUAAAGAAACAUCAAAUAGUAUCAUGUAAGAAUUUAAUUUUAAAAGUGUGGCUCUUUUGUUGAAUCAGCAUGGUGAGGACAAAAAGACAAGAGGAAGAAGCAAAUAUCUUUAGACCAGACUGCGUCAGGUGCAUCCUCAGCCGGAGUUCAAAGACUCAGAGUUGCAUACUCAUGUCCAGUAAACACUAGUAUCAGACCUUUUGUGACUGAACCAGACCUUUCUUGACAUCUUCUUUUCCAUGAGUCCAAUCCAAGCAUACUCACAGAGACCAGCCAAGUCAAUACAUUAAAUGAUUAAGGGUCUGUACAUUAAAGGAUUGAAGGUCUUUCAAGGCAGGAUAAAGUUUAAUAAUAGAGGCUUGUAUUUGGGUAUUUCACAUCUAUUAUCACAUGCUGGGAGCCCUGGUGGUGCUGGGAGCCCUGGUGGUGCAGCUAGCUGGUUAGCUCAGGCUGCUCACCAAAGGUUGGCUCUUCGAAUCUACCAGCCACUCCUUGGAAACCCUGUGGGGCAGUUCUCCUCUGUCUGUAGGAUCACUCUGAGUUGGAAUCAACUUGACGACAGUGGGUUUAACUAGUAUCACACACUGAUCCUCCUGUGAGAGGGAGGUCUCCAUUUUCUAGAUCUAUACUUUCAGUAUGGUGGCCAUUAGUUGCAUGUGGCUAUUUAAGUUAAAUUAAUUAAAAUUAAAUACAAUUAAAAUUUCAGCUCAUCAGUUGCAUUUGUCACAUUUCAAGUAGUCAGUGGUCAUAUGUGGCUAUUGACCACUAUAUUGGACAGUACAGAUAUUGUACAUUUCCAUCAACACACCAAGUUCUGUUGGACAGCAGUGGUCUAGAGAGAUUGUUUCAGAGUUGCUCAGUUAGUGACUUAGGCACGAUUUAAACCCAGGUUUUUCUGACAUUAAAACCCAUGGCCUUUACUACUAUCUCCCUACGGUUAACAUAUCUCUAAGAGAUUUUGGGCAGAACAGAGGCAGAACCAGGUAACCCCAGAAGGAGGUACUGAAGGGCAGGAGAGCAGUGAGGGAAGGGCUCGGGCAGGACUGGGCCAGGCAGGCAACACACUUGGUGGCAGAGUGAGCGUAUUAAAAAGCCUUUGUUUAUCCGCUUUCUCUUAACAUCUUUUUAUUUUAAAGUCUUCACAGCUGGCAGGUCAGCAUAUUACCUUUGCAAAAAUCAUCCACCUGCUCUCCCCACUCCACUCCCCAGCUAUGCUGGAAGACAAGGAGAUGACUGAGAAGGAUUUUCUGAGGCCUAUUAAACUCACAUUUGGGUUUGCUUUUAAGUAUCUGGGUGUUGUAGUUUGUUUUCAUUUUUCUUGAAUGAAGAGCUUGUGUUAAUGCCCAUAUUUUAUCUAGUACAAAAAAUGUAUUCUGCCAUGUCCAAAAGCAAAGCAAUUACUUCUAGGCAUUUUAUUUUAAACUUAUUUAUUAGAGAUCAAAACUUGUGAUUUUCAGGGGUAUCAUCUAUAUUAGCAAUCACUUUGUGGAGACCAGAUUUUGAGAAUGCAGUUUUGGCUUUGACUUGGUGAACCCAUGUUUUGAUGUUUUUGUUUUCAAAGCAGCAUAAUAACUGUGGGAAGAACACAACCUGGGUUUGAAGUUUGGUACAGCAGAUUAAUUUCUUGAGCCUCAGUUUCCCCAUCUAAAAAAAUGAGGCUGUUAUUUGUUUUGUUCCUUGUUUAAUGAGAUAUUUCAUGAGUAAAAUAGGAAACAAUUGUAUUAUUAACCUAUUACCCAGUUUAAUAACCGACACAUUACCAACACAACUGAAGCUCCAUGUACUCUUGGUGUUUAUCAUUCUAUAUUAUUUUACUAUGUAUGUAUAUAUCCCUAAACAAUGUUAUUAUUACCCAGUUUUAAGUGGUAUAUUGCCUGUAUCAGAAACCCUGCUGGCAUGGUGGUUAAGUGCUACAGGUGUUAACCAAGAGGUCGGCAGUUCAAAUCCACGAGGUGCUCCUUGGAAACUCUACAGGGUAGCUCUACUCUGUCCUAUAGAGUUGCUAAGAGUCAUAAUUGACUCGAUGGCAGUGGGUUUGGGUUUUGGGUUUAUUGUCUGUAUCCUUGCAACUUGCUUCCCCCCCUAACAUGGUUUUUGAGAUUUAUUCAGAUCAGUAUGUGUAACUCCAGUUCCUUUAAUUUUUGCAUUCAACUAUGUAAA